AUGUCCAGAAAUGAGUUAAAUAGGGACGUGUCUUUUUAUGACUUUUCUGAGGAUUGUCAAGUUUACAAUACAUUUGAAAGUAUGGAUUUGAAAGAGGAGUUACUUAGAGGAAUAUAUAGUUAUGGAUUUGAACUCCCAUCUGUAGUACAAAAGCGUGCUAUUGUUCCUAUUAUUAAAGGAAGGGAUGUCGUAGUACAAUCUCAGAGUGGUACAGGUAAAACUUGUGUAUUUACAGUUGGUGCUCUUCAAUUAUGUAAUAGAACUACUGAAAGACUUCCACAGGCCCUAAUUUUAUCUCCAACUAGAGAAUUAGCUGAACAGAGCCAAAAAGUUUGCUCUGCAUUAGGAGAAUAUCUUGAUAUAAAUGUUUACUGCUGUGUUGGAGGUAGAAAACUUAAUGAUGAUAUAAAAGCCUUGCAAAGUGGAGUUACAAUUGUAUCUGGAACACCAGGUAGGGUUAUACAUAUGAUAGAGCAAGGUUACUUGAUAACUAGAAGGAUUCGGCUACUUAUUUUAGAUGAAGCUGAUGAAAUGCUUGAUUUUGGAUUUAAACGUCAAGUAUAUGAUAUCUACAAAUAUUUACCACCAAGGAUACAAAUAAUCCUUGUUUCUGCAACUUUACCAGAGGAGAUUAUAGAAAUAACUGAAAAAAUUAUGAAAGAUCCCUUGAAAAUUCUUGUCAAACGUGAUAAUUUAACUCUAGAAGGCAUUAGACAAUUUUAUAUUUAUGUUGAACAAGAACAAUGGAAAUUUGAUACUUUAUGUGACCUGUAUGAUACUUUGACUAUAACUCAAUCUGUUAUAUUUUGUAAUAAAAAGGCAAAAGUAGAAUGGUUAAGUAGUAAGAUGAUUGAAAAUCAUUUCACAGUAUCAUUUGUUCAUGGUGAUUUAUCACAAAAAGAUCGUGAACAAAUUUUAAGAGAGUUCAGACAAGGGAAAACUCGUGUUUUGAUAGCUACUGAUCUUUGGGGGAGAGGAAUAGAUAUACAGCAGAUAAACCUUGUUAUUAACUAUGAUAUACCUACAAACAAAGAAUUAUACAUUCACCGUAUAGGUCGUAGUGGACGCUUUGGAAGAAAAGGAGUAGCAAUAAACCUUGUUAAAGAAGAAGAAGUCAAGAUCUUAAAGGAUAUUGAACAUUUUUUUUCAACUAGAAUAGAAGAGAUGCCUGCUAAUAUUACUUCAAUAUUAUAG